AGGUGAAUCAACUAAUCGAGCAACUACAAUUGCCACCCCGCAUUGCACUUGCAAGAUUUGAAUCACGAAACCUACUUCGGUAAUAAUUUUCGUAUCAGCAUUAGCUACCGCUCGCUUUCUUCCUUUUUUCAAAUUUCAAUAUCGGAGAUACUAUCAAAUAAACAUGGUGCGAAAUAACAAGCGAGGAGCUGUGGUUCUUCAUUCGUCCCCCAGCCGCGCGGUCGUUUUGCCGACCGUCUCUGUGGGGGGUCGUCGCACCGCCGGCAAGAUUUCCUCCGUGGGGAUGUUGCAGAAAGUGAUUUUCGCCCCGGUCAUUCUACAUAUCAAAUGCAAAAAUGUCUGGGUCUGGAAACUUGUAAUGCUGCGUUGGGAAUAGUGAAUGCUCUGUAAUGCUGCAUAAGCAAGCAUGAGAAAUAUCUGCGCUUCCUUGUGUUGCGUUUUUCGCAUGACAAACUGCGUUUCUGCAUGACAGGCAAAAGGGUCUCUUCUUGGACACGCAUCACAAACUUUUUGGUCAUGCCAGACAAGCAUGACAAGUCUCGCAAUCUUCCAGACCCAGACAUUUUUGCAUUUGAUACUACAACACCUGACACAAUUCUCUGCCGCGAUCACGGUGACCGAGGUGAAAAAACGGUCUCGGACCGCGAGCCAGCUCGCGGUGAAGAAAAAGCGGGCCGCUGGGUCCACCUUUCGUGCGGCCGAUCAUCCUCCGGAGUCCCAGCCUCCGCAGCUGUUGUUCCGCUCGAAUAGCAAGCAGAAGAGUUCUCACAUGCAAGAAAAGGAAGGAGUCGGCAAGACAACGACGACCUUGUCAGCGGACGACAACUUGAAAUGGGAAAAGUUGGGGCUCAACACCUUUGCCUACACCUAUGGUCCGGGGCAUGUCAAACCUGCUCGCUGUUUUCCUGCGUACCCGCACUUUCGGUUCGCGAACCGGAAGGAGAAGCUACCGCACACCGCCCUCUUGCAUGUUGUGUCCUCCGAUGGGAAUGGAGGCGAAGCGACUCUGUCGUAUGAGAUCGUCAAAAAAGCGCCGGCUUACGAGGGAAGUUUCAAGACCCUAGGGGACUUCCCCAAUGACUCCUCACCCGGCACUAUGCAGAGCAUCGUCACGGGGAACCUGUUUCACUUCCCCACGGUUACGUGGGAGGACUGCCGGAACCUGUGUUCGGGUAUGUGCGAGUUCGAAGUUAGCGCUGAUCGGACGGAAAACUGUGCCGCUUACGAAGCGGAAGAGGGUCUGGACGCCUCCGGAGCGCGGCAAGUGAAGUGUUACCUGUUUACGUACAAGGACCUUCAGCAUUGGACCGACACCGCAAGCACCGAAGGGUGGGGCUGGCAACCUUUCCAGGACCUUUUUCCAACGAAAGACGGGCUCGCCCAGAACCAAAACGACAUCCUUCAAGGUAUCGUUCCGGAAGCGCAGACGCCCUUGUACACCUGGGAGGAGGGUGGAGAGCGCAACGGGGUCACGGCUGUAGGGUUUUGUGCUUUCACCGACUCGUCACCCGAAAUACUGGAUACCAUGUCUAUAUGGAGUGUCACGGACGGGAACGUGACCACAAGAAAAAUGGAGCAAAUGUAUCCAGCUGUGUGAAAACGCGCGCACGAAGUAGACCCGAGUCUUGUCAUGCAAAUUUCGCACGUCAAAGUGAAACUGAAUGUGGAGGAAGACAGAGAGACGCAGUGUGUGAGCAAUGCGCCUCACCAUGAGACGAUUCUUCCGUUGGUGAUUGGAAAUCUGAUGUAAGUGAGUGGCAUCAGUAGUGCUUGUUCAGGGGUACACACAUUAUUACCUAUCCUUAGAAAACGAGAAAAUACAACUUUUUGUUUUCGCUUUCUAGGUGCUUGGUGCUCCUGCUCCGUAUAUAUUCUUUCAACUCUUUGUUUCUCCUAUCAGGAUCAGCAAUAAGUUACUGCUCUGUGAUGCUGUAGCCACAGUGGGUAACGACCACCAGGCUACAUUACCAGGCCCAGAUUUUGCUGCGCAGCUCUCAGAGGCAGGGGUAGGGCUUCUUGAUUUGUAUGUACAGCAGAAACGAGUGCCAUAGUAUGCUGCGUGUGGGCUCUGUUUUUACACCGCAUAUGAGACGGCCCGGGCAAUACAUCAACCUUACGUCCUCGAGUGCCAGCGCCACCGCCAUGCCUUCAGACCACCUGCCCUGUGACUGGCGGCAAACAAGUCUGCAGGGGCACGGUUUUAAUGGUGAGGAUCAUGACGCUUUCGAGACGGUAACUUUUGACCGGAAAAAAAUUUCCAGAUGGACCUCCGCGUCUGUAGGGGCAUACGGAAUUCAAGAGGACUGCCCGUUUUUUAGUCCGUGGAGCUCCUGCGAACUGAAAUCGCGGGAAACGCCGAAGCAGGCCGGCGUUGACGCGGGAUCCGGUGGCGUUGAAGGCUAUGAGCUCCUGGGAGAAAACUUCUGCUCCUGCGGUGGGGAGGGUCGAAUGGGUUGCAAUGGGCAGAAUGGCAACCCGAGUAUGAUGCACAUGGAGCGCAAUGUAGCGGACCCCAAGACCAUUUACCCAGACUACAAAGAUGAGAAGACCGCCAGCAAAUGCGGGAAAAAGUGCGACGCGCUCGGGGCCGCCUGCGCAGGCUUCCUGUUUAGCGCCACGGACGAGGUACGGCAGAACCAAACCUUGUCGUCGCAGUGCGCCCUUUAUCUUGGCGGGGGCCAUCUGGAUACUGACCUCGGUCCUGGACAGAAUGAGAAUAUCCCGGGUCUUUCGUGCUACCGGAAAAUCGAUGGAACGGGGCGGGGGGAAGAGGUGAGCCGAAUUUUCAACAAGGUGGAAAACGACUGCAGAACCGCUUGCCAGUGCAGGUCGGAGCCAAACAAGCAAGACUUUGAGCCUCGUCUGAAUCUUCCAGAGCACGGCCGGCAGUGCCUGGACCCCAUUCCGGGUGCGCGCCCGGUGUUCGGCGGCUCAGAGCCGACAACAACGGACCGCCGCUCGCCCGCUGCAGGCACACAAGCGCAAUGCCAGAGCACGUGUCUUGACAACGAAAACUGUGUGGCCUGGCAGCACGACGGGGCUGAUGGGGGCGGCGUGUGCAAACUGUGGUUUAUCAAAUUGAAACGCGCUCUUUUUCUCAAAAAGUUGUUCGCGGGUGAAGCAGUGUUUUCCCCGCGAAGCGUUUUUUUCUUGCUGAAAAGGCGAGGAACUGCCUCGCACGUUGUACCAGCAGGCCGAACGCUAGAUACAGGGGAGCGCAUAUUUCCUCGAGUUUUGUUAGCAAAGGGCGACAUCCUCAUGCGCAUUGUACAUACUUAGCUACAUCACUUGCAGCUCUUCCAGCCCGCUGGCAAAGAAGACGGCGUCUGUGAGACCGUUCUGACUUUACGCAUUAGAGCUAUGUAGCGCUGCUAGUGCCGCACCACGCGUCACGGUUCCGACAAAAUUUUUCACACGACGACCAAGAUACUGUAGCUGUGCUUACUAAGAUAAAAAGUCUUCAUUUCUUCAAGAUCGCAUUUCCAAAAACUCCGGGAUGGGAGCGCUGUUCAUUUCGAUAUGGUUGCGAAAGGGCGCGGGAGGCGAGCUGUGCGAUCAGGGAGAGUGGAACGAGGCUGACUGCGGACAGCUCCUGAUCUCCACGGAAACCUCAGCACCCGAGUCGUCCAUGGGCUUCUGCGUCGGUAACUUUCGAACGGCGCUUAUGGAAGCGUCAGGUUUGAAAUCGUCAAAGUUGAAAUAAUUUGUAAUGCAGAAAAUGCAUGACGCCAGGCACGUGUGUUGCAGAGCAGGCAAGUGAGGCCGAUUGUAAGCCUGUUUGAGGUUAGAACUCGAGCCGCUACAGUAGCAUGAGAAAAUCAGUCUUCUUUGCCUAAACAGCAUGACAUACUGGAUUUAAGGACCGCCAAAAUUUGUCAUGCGCCACUUGGAAACUUGGUUCCAACUGGCAUCCAUUUUAUGCAUGACAACUUUGUCGAUUUCAAUCCUGACACAUCCAUAGCGCUGACCCGGGGCGUCGGCGCCGGCACGAGUGUCGAGAAACCGUAUCCUGUGCAAAAGUAUCGUACUCGUAUUGCAAUCAUGCAUUACAAAUCCCUUUCUUGAGCUAAAUCUGCAUUACAAAUUUUAUUUCUCAUGCUGCAGAAAUUUGUAUUGCAUCUAUACGAAUACGAUACUUUUGCAAUGCAUAAACCGUGGGCCGCGGCGAUGAGCAGCUGUGUCGCGCAGUGCCAACAAGGCAACGACAGCUCCAUGUGCGAGGGGGAGGAGUGGCGAUGCCCGGAUGACGCUGCGCUCACCUUGCCCUGCGAUUACCGCUUUACGCGCGACGCGCUUCAGCAAAAGUACGAAACAAAUCCGAACCGACAGCAGCUCGAUAUCGUGUACAAUUUCGAUGGGGAAUACAAAACCACGUGCUACGCGUUUGACCACCAGCGAAGCUGCCGGACGCCACUGGCAGCGGCACAGCACGACGGCUCGUUUCUGCCCGAUUGGCUGGUUCCCGAGGUUGCGACGGUGAACAUGAUGGCCCUUCGCGGAUUCGUUGUGCCGAGUCAUUGGCACCAGAAACUGGGAACCUCGAGCUGCGCAGAGCAGUGUCACUGUGUUAUCAAUGUGCGAAGUUCAUCAUCCCCCGCAGCUAGAUACUGUGCCAGUUUGGCAUGAUGACAAGAGGCGGCUGUCAUAUCCAAAGAAACGAAGGACAUGACAAAUUGCUUGCAAGGUCAACUGCACCCUCAAAGCCAAUCACACAUCUUCCUGCAGUAAGUACUUAUCUACACUAAACCCCAUCGACAACGGCGGGGGUUUUUUCUGUAUUGACUCAGUAUGUAUCGGACGGGGGGGCUUUUCAUAAUGAUGUUUGUCAUUGAAACUGGAGAGAAAUACGAAGACGAAAAACACGGCGAAAAGCAAGACGAAAAACAGGACGAGAAGCAGGACGAAAAGCAAGAGGAAAAGCUGCAAGACGAAUCUCAAAACGGGGGACAGGGCCACGCGCUUGUCGAGAACGUGGUGAACGCCACGCCCGUUCUGUUGGACCCACUAUUGAAGGGAGCUUCCCCCUUUCUCCACCAGCCCACAUGGAAUAAAGAGCUUGGCAUUUUUACGUCGCUGGCCGCUCCAUGCACAUUUGUUUCGCGUCAUUGCGCCGAGCGAGCUUUUAGAGGCAGAUGUUACGCCUGGGCAAAUUGGUAA